AUGGAUAUCUCAGCGUAUCAGCAUAUGAAUAUUCGAAUGAGUACUCGUGGCAAGAGACCGCUGCGAAAUCUAACGCCUAAUGACAAAGUGCGGGCCAUUCAAAGAAUUCAUAAUGGCGAGACAAAAGCAAGUGUUUCCAGGGACAUUGGAGUUCCCGAAUCCACGCUUCGCGGUUGGUGUAAAAAUGAGCAAAAAUUAAGGUUCAUGUGUCGGCAAUUGGGCUCGGAAAACAUGGGACUGGCCGGACUCGAUACGCCGCCAGAAAAACGCGCCAAAUUGGAGCUACAAUUGCUGCCCCCGAAGUUCGGAACAAUGCCCAGCUAUGAUGAUCUUGGCUUUGGUAGUUUGCCAUUUCCGGCUAUGGAUUACAAUUCCCACAACGAAGCAUUGCUAGAGAAGUUCGCCUUGGUCGAGUUCUUGAAGAGAAAUGGCCUGCACUCCGAAUCCUUGCAGCAACUGUCAGGCACUGGGACAGAUCCAGCUUCACCAGGCUAUUCUACAAAUAACAUGGUGCACCAGCUCAACUUGUUGGCACUCUUCAACUCGAAGCUGUCGCCAAAGGUCGAGCACGCUACUCCGGAUAUGGCUGCAUCCAAUUUUAAGCAGGAUGAACCAGUUCCACCAACCGUAUUAGACGAAUCUAAAAAAUAUAAUUGUCCCUUGCUGAGUGUGAAAAAUUGGGCAAAGGAUCCAGCUAAGCAUGUGCCAUAUCCCCAGCCCCAAUACAUUAACGAUAACAACAACAACGAUAUUGAUGGCAGAAUGAGGACAUCGACACCGACAUCGACACUGACACCAACACCAACACCGACACCGACGCCGACUCCAGACAUCGUAGCUGGCCAGUCACCACUCAUAAUUCCUGGAGAGGAUGCCAGGCAGCAGCAGCAGCAGGAAAUGCAAUCAACUUUGAGCACCCAGUCAAAUCCUGCAUCCGCAUCCUUGGUCUCCUCACCAGCGACCGAUGCCGAAACCCAGGGCGGAGCCUUGUUAGAUUGGUGCAAAAUGUUUAGCGCCAGCUUGAACUUUUUUGCAUUCGCUGCAGCUGCCGCAUCUAUGCAUCCUGGAGCGGGAGCGGGAACGGGAGCAGGAACUGGAAUUGGAGUUGGAGUUGGACGUUCUGCCAUGCAGGCGACGAGGGAAAUAGACACAGAUACUCAUAGUUUUAGCGAUAAUCUUUUGAAGAGAUUAAGUCCUUCGGUUCAUAGUGAGUCUUCAAAGGAAAGUUAUUACGAUAGCGAACCGGAAGAUUUGUCCGUGCGCUCAUGUGGCUCCAAAGUCUCAAGUCCGGCAAACAGCAGAUCGCAGAGUCCCGAUAAGAACAGUACAUCAAGUACAUCCAUACACAGCGAUGGAGAGCAGUAGUCAAUUUGCACACACUCACACACACAUUGUAGAUAAUUUCAUAAAUGUUUUAGAUUUCUUAAAUCGAAUAUUUUAUGCGAAUCGAAUACUCACACACACAUUGUAGAUAAUUUCAUAAAUGUUUUAGAUUUUUUAAAUCGAAUCUUUUAUGCGUCGUAUAUCAAUAAACUAAACUAGAUUUUCAAUCAUAACAUAUUUUAAUCAGGCCAAGAUAACAAUUGCCAA